CACGCAGUGACCAACUACAACAAUGUGGUGGAGGCCGGCUCCGACUCCGACGACGAGGACAAGCUGCACAUCGUGGAGGAGGAGGGCAGCCUGGCCGACGGCGCCGACUGCGACGGCGCCCUGCCGGACGAGGAGCACCCCAGGGAGCACUGCUGGGACCCCGUGAGGGAGGACUGCGUCUCGGACGCCGAGGAUGAUGGGAGCACGGACGCGCUGGUGGAGGAGAUGCUCCAGCAGGGCGACACGGCGGUCAUCUACCCCGAGGCGCCGGAGGACGAGCCGCAGCGCCAGGGCACCCCCGACGCCGGCGUGCACGACGAGAACGGGACGCCGGACUCCUUCUCGCAGCUGCUCACCUGUCCGUACUGCCGGGGCUACAAGCGCUACAGCUCCCUGAAGGAGCACAUCAAGUACCGCCACGAGAAGACGGAGGACAGCUUCAGCUGCCCCGAGUGCAGCUACAGCUUCGCCUACCGCGCCCAGCUGGACCGCCACAUGACGGUCCACAAGGCCGGCCGAGACCAGAGACACAUCACGCAGUCGGGAGGCAAUCGGAAAUUCAAGUGCACCGAAUGUGGGAAAGCGUUCAAAUACAAGCACCACCUGAAGGAGCACCUGCGCAUCCACAGCGGAGAGAAACCCUACGAGUGCUCCAACUGCAAGAAGCGCUUCUCGCACUCGGGCUCCUACAGCUCCCACAUCAGCAGCAAGAAGUGCAUCGGCGUCAUCUCGGUCAACGGACGGCCGCGCCCGGGGAACGCCAAGUCCCAGAGCCCGGGGGCGGCGCCGAUGCUGCCGACGGCGCCGUCGAUCCUGCGCAGCCAGAUCAGGGAGAAGCUGGAGCACAGCAAGCCCCUUCAGGAGCAGCUGCCCCUCAACCAAAUCAAGACCGAGCCCCUGGACUACGAGUACAAGCCCACCGUCCUGACGUCCCCGGGUCUGACGGCCGUGAACGGCGGGGUUUACACCGGCGGCGCCGCGGCGCCGCUGCAGGGCACGGUGCAGGCGGUGGUCCUGCCCACCGUGGGGCUGGUGUCGCCCAUCAGCAUCAACCUGGCGGACCUGCAGAACGCGCUGAAGGCGGCGGUGGACGGCAGCGUCAUCCGCCAGGUGCUGGAGAACAACGCCAAAGGCCAGGCGAACGCGGGGUUAACCGCGGGAACGCUCCACGCCGCACAGCAGCAGCUCAUCUCGGCCAUCAGCCUGCCCAUCGUGGGCCAGGACGGCAACGCCAAGAUCAUCAUCAACUACAGCCUGGACCCCGGCCAGGGCCAGGCCGCGCCUCACAACCUGAAGAAAGAACCUGAACCCAUGUCACCCACUGAGACCACUUUGGACACUUUCAAGUCCCAGCACCCAGAGGACCUGACCAUCAGGGGUUCCCGGGCCGACAAGGUCCAGGACAAAGAGGAGAAGACCACUAAAACCUGCCUCCUGUGUGAGAACUGUCCCGGGGGGCUGGAGACGCUCCACGCCCUCAAGCACUGCAAGAAGGACGGUCUCAGGCUGAACGGGGCGGGCCUGGACACGUCGGACUCCGCUGUGGCCGCCCUGCUGGCGGAGGGGGGGCUCUGCACCCAGCCCCAGAACCUCCUGUCCCUGCUCAAGGCCUACUUCGCCUUGAACGCCGAACCCACCAAGGACGAGCUGGCAAAGAUCUCCGACUCCGUCAACCUGCCGGUGCACGUGGUCAGGAAGUGGUUUGAUAAAAUGCAGGAGGGUCAGAUAUCCCUGGGCGCCCCCACCCCCCCCUCGGAGGAGGAGGAUAGUGUGGUGUCCCCGGUCCCAGGGAGGAACUCGGCCACUAUGGACCCGUCUGUAACCCAGGACAGCCCAACCGAAGCCACCCCGGCGGAGGUCAACGGCACUCACAGCCUGCCGCCCCCGCCCUCGCCACUAAACCUGACGGCCGGGGGUCCCGUCCCAGCCCCGCCCCCCCACAGCACUGAGGGACCCCUAGACCUGUCGCUGCCAAAGCCGGCCAGAGAGGGAGUGAAGAGAGCGGCGCCCAGAGCCCGCCGCUACCCGGCUCCGUCGCCUGGCCCCGCCACUGAGGAGGAACCCCUCAACUUAACUUGCACAAAGAAAGAGGCGUCGCCACUCGCAGCGGUGGGCGGCGGCCCCGCCGCACUGUACGCCAGCCAGCCGAGUGCCAAACCCCUGGACAUCGUCGCCACGAUGCAGUGCCUCCGGGCGCUGGCCACCAACAGCAAACAGACGAUCCUGAUCCCACAGCUGGCCUACACCUACACCACUACGGCGAGCAGCCCCGCCGGAACCGAGACGCACGACGGCAUCCACCUCAACGGGAUCAAGGAGGAGCGGCUGGACGCCGGGCCGGAGGGAGUCUCGGUCCUGGAGGAGCAGAACGACUCGGACUCGGGCCCGGCCCGGAAGAAGAUGAAGAAGACGGAGGGCGGGAUGUACGCCUGCGACCUGUGCGACAAGAUCUUCCAGAAGAGCAGCUCGCUGCUGAGACACAAAUACGAACACACAGGGAAGCGGCCUCAUGAGUGCAGCAUCUGCAGCAAAGCCUUCAAACACAAGCACCACCUGAUCGAGCACCUGCGGCUGCACUCCGGAGAGAAGCCCUACCAGUGCGACAAGUGCGGCAAGCGCUUCUCCCACUCCGGGUCCUACUCCCAGCACAUGAACCACCGCUACUCCUACUGCAAGAAGGAGGCGCAGGGCCGGCCGGGGGGGCCCGCCAGCCCCGAGGAGGACCUGGACGCCCUGGAGGCCCGGGUGGGCGAGAUGGAGGCGCUGACCCGGGCGCAGCUGCAGAGCCUCCUGCCCUCGCAGCUGGACUCGGACGAGCGAGGCAGCAGCGCCAGGGAGGACGAGGAGAGCGAGGAGGACGACGACGACGAGGAGGAGGCGGCGGCGGCGGGGGGGGGCGCCGUGGACAUGGAGGACAUCCAGGUGGUGCAGAUAGGAGACGAAGGAGGGGACGAGGACGAGGGCGGAGCCGAGAAGGAGAAGACGGAGGUGGUGGAGGAGGAGGCGGAGUCGACGCAGGAGGAGGUGAUGGAGAGAGCUGAGGAGGUGGAGAGGGCUGAGGAGGAGGUGAUGGACACAGAGGGAGGACUGGGGGAGGAGCAGGAGGACCAGGGGUCCGAUGAAGACCAGAAGGAGGCGCCGCAGGAGGAAGGAGACGCAGACUAAAGGAGGACCGGGACUCCUCAGUGAGACACAAUCAGACUCCUGGAGGAGGAGGAGCUUCAGGAGGCCCCGCCUGCUCCUCCUGACGCCUCCUCUCCGUUCACUACUGUGUAGAAACCCAGGUGUGCCUGAAGGAGAGAUCCUGGAGAGGAGCAGGGGAGCCAGCGCCCCCUGCAGGAGGAGGCGCGCCGUUCACUCUGACCAGGUUUUAUUACUAAAACACCUCCUUCAGCUCCUUUCUUUUUAUCAGUGUUACUAAUUUUAUGGCUCAUAUUUUAACCGUCAGAGCUGUACAGUCAGGAGAUAUUUCUAUAUCUUUUUAUUGCCAAUGAACAAAAAGAGAAGAAG